AUGCCAACUCAGUCCAGCUUGCACCUGCCAGUCAAGACUUCAACCGGCUACCCCAGCAGCUUCUUCGCUCUCUUUCAUUUCCGGGCUUUCUUCAAACGCUACCUAGGUGAGGGUAUAAUAUGUCCGACGCCGAACGACAAUCACCAAGGGCAGCAAUUCGCAAUUGGCUCCAAACUACUGGUAGCAAGUCGACUGCAAAGCCCGCCGAUGCAUCUCGAGAGCAACAAAACAUUGAGCGGGGAUCGAGGCAUCGUUCGAGGCAACACCACACGAGGAGGUAUCCAUCAGAAACCAAGGAUCGGCAUGAUGAUAAAGCUGGCCAAAAGCACCAAAAAGACAAUAAGUGUGGGACCCGGCAGACACGUGUCGCAGAUAAAGUCCUUUCUCGUCAACUCGCACCAAGCACAACCCCAAUUACACUUAAAAGAGAAUACUGCCGUCAUUUCGAACGGCCUCGGUCUCGCGGAGCGAUUGGGACUCCAUGCACCUUUUCGUACCUUCAAAGAUCACAGCGAUGACGAUAUCCCGGACCUCCGAAGUCACCCACGGAAGCGCAAGCGCAGCAGGUCUUCCACGAGCUCUUACCUCGAACCUGCAGCAGCCAAUGACCUCUCAGAACAUGACCAUGACCAUUUUCGUCAUGCCACGAUACUACGUACGCGGAGUACAGGGUCAGUGCUUGACGAUAGAGGCCAGCACGUUUCACCUACGGCGUCCCAGGGUUCGGAGAUAGCGUUACUGUCUCCAAAAAAGCUCCCGAAAUCCUACGAAAGGAGACCAAGACACAAAACCCGCCAAGAUCGCUAUGAGCUCAAAGACAAUAACAGAGCUAGCGAGAAGACGAAGCAGGCUGCGAAGAAAGACCGCGGGGAGAAGAAGCAGAAGAAGCACAAGCGUAAAGAAAAGUCCGGUGCAGCUUUGAUGCAUGACUUUACCGCGCAGAACGUGGCCCACGACCGUCUCACUCUGAAGCCCACAAAGACCCUCGGCUUGUUCGGGAAAGGCAGAGCGUCUUCACCAGUAAGAAGAAGGGGCUUACCUGAUCUUGCCUUCUCCGAAAUGAUCUUCCUCAAAUCUUGUCGAGAGAAGCCCAAGGACUCGUUCGAAGACUCGUCUAAUAGGCCCUCGGAGAAGAAGACGCGGCGGAAGUCGACUAAAGCAGCAGACACAGAAGCAGAAAUUUCAAGAUACUUCAUGUCAGCAAAACCUACAAGCCUCGAUGUGAUGAAACCUCACGGUCAACGACAUCAACAAGACAGGGGACGAUCCCGAGACCACGAGUCACCGCAAGCCUUUGUCGAUCUUCCAGAUAGGCCUUUCCUAGGAUUUGGAAGCUGUGGCCCUAAUACCUCUAUAUCUCCAGCGAAAAUACCUGUCAACACAGAUUCGAGAAGCCUCCAUCGUGAAGACUCGUGGUCUCCUACUCGUUCCACAAGCUAUCUUACCUGGUCCCAAAGUGUGAGGCCGUCCUUCGGCUCUCCUCUGCUCAAUAGGCCGUAUCAUGUUGAACCAUUAACAUCAUCAAAACUAUCUAAUCGUAAACGUAAAUCCCCAGCUCCUCAUAAAGGCCAGUACUCGUUACCAUCUCUAUCUCCACCUUGUGUACCGACAACUUCUUCGAAAACCCAAGAUGCUGCCUCCAUACCUUUCUCGGCGCACGAAAAUGCAAAUGAGGGUCCAAGCCGGAAUAGCGAAUCACGGUCGGCAACGGGUGAACGGCUUAGGUUGAGGGAGAAGAGUCAAAACCACGGCGAUACUGGAAUCAUCAAGCUUGAUGCUGCAAAGAUUCCACACGAAAUUGAAGACUCGAUCGCAGACAGUACUCACCCAGCCGAAACCGCCACGCAUGACGGCCCUGAAUCGGCAUUACUCUCUCGAAAUGAAGCUACUUGCCAGUCUUCAGGACAUGAGCCUCAACGCGAGCCUCAACGCGAGCCACAAGCUUAUGGCGUGCGCCCUUUCUCGGCCCAGAUGCCAAUCAUCUCACCACAUAAAGACCCGCUCGACGAUGUGCUCGAGGCACUUCUCACAGAUUGCAAUACUAACGUUGCUGGUAGCGAUCUAGCCUCUCGUGCCACAUCGGGUCACCGCAAUCUUUAUGUUAGGGAGGAAGAGGGGAUACCAGAUAGAAUUCAGGAAUAUUCACGCAUGCCUGCUCGCGCCUUCGUUAAUAGUGUCUACGCUCCCGAGGCUUCGGCGUCCGCCCCAAAAUUUUCUGGGAAGCCUCGCAGCGCAAGCCUUCAACAGGACUUCCCGCAUGACAGUUCCAUUUCUACGCAUACACUAUCUAAGGGGGACCUAAGUUUUUCGAACAGACCAAGCUUAGGGUACGCUCCAGGCUACCGACCCAUUGAAAGUGAAGUGGACUCAAGGAGUGCAUGGAAUGGUUACGGCAACCUUUACGAAAGGCAACAGGAGCAAGCAGAUCCUAGGCCAGAAACUUCGAGAGAAAAUAGACCACCUUACAUAGCUCUGCGAGAGAACCUUUCAGGCUCGUCGCGAGAGACGGACCACACCGCUGCACGCGACGAAUACGCACAAAAGCUUCAUUUUGUGGAGCUAGGAGACGGAUUUGAUGAUCACAGGCCUUAUUUGUAUAAGACGGUACAAGAGGGAAAUGAUAAUGAAGAUUACGAAGAAAUCAGGCAUGGUGAAUGGGAUAUUGAUCAUGGGACAUCGUACGAUUCUGGACCAUCAAUCUUCCAUGAGUCUCACGAAGAUUCCAAUCAUGGAAUUAUGGCCGAAAAUAAUGUCAGUGACUACCAGCGAAGAGAGAUAAAUGCAGAUCAUGAGCAGUCAGUCGCACAAGAGGCCGAUCAGGAUGAAGUUGAGCCCCACCAGCUCUUCACAACAAGCAUACCAGACACGUACCCUUCAUGGCGGAGUCAUCACAUCUUCAGUAGAGAUCCCGGUCUCGAAAGGUGUGCUGCCGUUUCUCAGGUUCAUGAUGUUGAUGUAGCUUUAUCUGGAUUUUGGACACCCCACAAGCUGUACUGA